AUGAGCGGCAUGGACAUGUUGAACGCGGCGGAGCAGCGCGAACUGCAGGGCCGUAUGGAGCGCAAGCAGAUGAAAGAUUUCAUGAAUAUGUACUCCAACCUCGUCCAGCGCUGCUUCAACGACUGCGUCAAUGACUUUACUUCAAAAUCUCUGCUUACGAAGGAGGAGGGGUGUGUGAUGCGGUGUGUGGAUAAGUUCUUGAAGAGCUCCGAGAGGCUGGGGGAGAGGUUCCAGGAGCAGAAUGCGCAGAUGGCGCAGCAGGGUGGGAUGGGGGUGGGGAGGUAG